CCAAUCUGGCAACCCGGCUUUCAGCCUCUCUGGACACGGUGUUCAGAUCAAAUUCCUUCGGUGAAUCCGGUUUAAAGACGAAGACUGAAUUAAAGCACGUCUCUGAAUUCCAAGGUUAAUCCACCAUGCUCCUGUUUUUACCCUCGUUAUUGUGCAUUUUCACAGGAGUCGGAUGUCUGCCCCUGUUGGAUGUGAAGGGAAGCAGUUGUCUGGAGGAUGUGAGUAUGAUGACCCCCGCAGGCUGUGAUGGACAGGUGACAGACAAAGUUUUGACUGCUGAUGAGCGACAUCAGGGUCUGCUGAGAGAACUACAGGAACUGGUUGAACAUGAGCUGGACAGAGAGAGUGAAUAUGUUCGGGAGACAGAGGAGUACGACCUGAAAGACAUGGAUGACCAGGAAGACAGGAAACAGGCUAAACGGAGGGACGAAGAUCAGACUGAAGACAGGAAUCAGGAGCAUGAUGAGGAGGAGGAAGAAAGCGCUCGAGAGCUGGAAGAACUGCUGGCUGAAGAGAUCCGGAAAAAAGAAGAGGGAAUAAAAAGAGACACGGAACUGGAAGAGCUGAGAAAAACAGAGGAAACGUCAGAGAAGGACAAGGAAGAGCAUGAGCAGGAGAGGAGGGAAAAUGAGGUGGAGCUGAAAGCGGAGAAAGAGAAGGUGGAGCUCGAGCUCCAGGCACUGACGAGUGACGAGACGAAGAUGAGGGAAAGGCAGGAGAAGGAGGAGGAGCUGCAGGAGCUGAUGCAGAAAAUGGAGAGAGCGAAGGAGGAGCAAGAGGAGCCGACGGAGGGAGAGAGGGCAAAGGAGGAAGACCUGAGAACUGAGACUAAAGAGCCACAGCAAAAAAGGGAGAUGGAGAAGGCGAGUGAUGAAAGGACGCGGCAGUUCGAGAAGGAGAGAUACAACGAUGACGAGGAGGAGGAUGUUGGAGAUGAAGACGAGGAGGAGGAGGAGGAGCAAGAUGAAUCAGAGGAGCUGUUGGAGAUCGAAGCCCAGUUGAGGAGAGUGGCUGCUGAACUGAGGAAACUGCACAGGGGCUAAACACCCACACACGCACACACACACGCACACACACGCACACACACAAAUGCACACACACACACACACACACACACACACACACACACACACACACACACACACAUACAAGAUACAAGCCAUAACAGUUGCUCUUUAUAACACAAACAAACACACAGUAAUACACAAUUUCUCUGUAAUAGUUCCAGUGGUUGCAGUGCUGUGCAGUGAGUGAGUUUGUGUGUGUGUGGGUGUGUGUGUGUGUGUGUGUGUGUGUGUGGGUGGGUGUGUGUGUGAGAACAUAAUUCUAUGUUUAUAAUUCUAUGAACAACAUUAUGAAUCAAUCCAGUGAUUAGCCUACUAAUUAACACGAGUGAAAGCGAAUCAUUCUGAGUCAAAUUAAUUAAUGAAUCUUAAUAUAGGUUACAAGUAUAUGUAGGUUACAGUUUAGCAUAGUGGAAUGAAUACAUAAAUUAAUGAAUCAGCUUAUUGGGAUAGUUCAAUGAAUCAAACAGGCUUUCUGACUCACUGUAUGACUCACUGUUAUGAAUAUAAACACGGUCAAAAAGGACGUCGCAAAGUUAAAAAAAAAAGUCAGUUUAGUUUCUCCUUCAGCACAAAGUUUGCUGUCACACAAACCAUGUGUGGCCUAAAGUGAUUGACUCAGUGAUUCAUACAUUAAGAUGAUAACAUAACUUGAUACAAAUCUUAAUGCAAAUCUUGACUGAAUGAUGGAGUAUGUUUGUGCAUAAAACUGUAUAUUUUAUCAGUUAUCAGUAAUAACUCGCUUUGUGUGUAUAAUGUUGUGAGUUUUGUGGUUUAAACUCUUAUCUAAUGUGUGUAGUGUUUCUAUAAACCGCUGUGUGUGUGUAUUUGGCUCUUGCACUGUUAGAACACGUUCAGACUGUUAAGCGAGAGUCGUCGUGAGGUUUUUCACAGGGAACAUGGCUGUGUGUGUUUUUGUGUGUGUGUGUGUGUGUGUGUGUGUGUGUGUGUGUGUGUUACUACAUGUUCCCUGAUUAAAGCACCACUGCAGUUCUCUUAAACAAGCCAAGGAGGAUGAGGCUUCUAAGCCAUUAUAGUUCUCUCUCACACACAAACACACACACUCACACACACACACACACACACACACACACACACACACACACACACACAGUCGCGCACUCUUGGCAAGGUUGUGAGCUUUAUCUCAGUGUUAAGAUCAAUCUGCCAUCCUCUGAUGAACCUUGUGAAUUUUUUGUACAGUGGUGUCAGUCAGGGUAGAAAAACUAUUUAAACAAUUUUAAAAGCAAUGCACUUUUUUCCCGUUGCGGUCGCUAGCACAGUUAAACCUGCAAUAAGCGCCAUUUAAAAUGAAAACGUUUCAAUGUUAUAUGUAUAUACAGCGGAUGGAAAAGGUCUACACACACUUAUGAAAUUGCAAGUUUUCAAAAUAGAAAGACAUAACUAACAACAUAAAGUUCAGACUUGUUACAUCUUUAAUGCAAUAUUACAACAAAUAGAGAAAUCCAGAGAUUAAAAAAAUUGGUAUUUGGAGCUAUUCAUUUUCCCAUCUUUCUUGACAAGUGCUCCUGGAACAGCUGAAGAGAAGGAGCCCCAAAGCACAAUGCUACCACCACCAUGCUACACUGUCGCUACGGUGUACCUUGGAUAAUGUUCUGUAUUGGCUUUGAGCCAAAAGUACCUUUUAGAAUUAAGGCCAAAAAGUUCUAACACCGUAACACAUUUCCCCACAGUUUGGGGAGACUGAAAGAAUCGUUUGGCAUAAUUGAUACAUGCUUGCAUAUUCAUUUUUUGUCAUUUAGUCACAUGCAAGGAGUGAGCAGUACCUGACAGAAAUCCAUAUAGUUCUUUCAGUGUUGCUGUUGGCCUCUUGGCUGCAUCUCUCAACUUUGGAGAUAAUGUCUAUAAUGUCAUUAGGAUGUGUAGACUGUUUAUAUCCGCUGUAUAUGUAACGUACAAGCCACAGACACUUUACAAUGAUUUAAAUGAGUAUUAGCAAGUAAUAACAACAGUGAAGUAAUAUCAUAUUUAAUAUACAAACCAUGUAGUAUACAGAAUACAUAUUGCACAUGUAAAGAUAUCCAACUGAGAGAUAAAUGUGUGUGUUGUUAAAUAUUGGGCUCGAUCGAUGGUAAUCUGCAUCGAUAGCAAUCUUCUGCACCUAUGGAUAAUUUGUUAGAAGUCAAAACUGUGAUGUUAGAAUCGGUCAUGUCCCAAUUCUCAGCAUCUGUACUCAUGCACUUUGAACCUCUGACUCAGAUUAAGAUGAGGCCAGUUUGUGAUCGUACGAAUAAAGGCUUUAGCACUUUUUUUUUUCAAAAUUAAAAACUAUAUGACUAUUUCAAGAAAGAAGGCAAUAAGUACAAGUGUAACGUCUCAGUGGUGAUUUGAGACAGCAGCCACGUUGAUUUUAUUCAUUGUGAGAUGAUGGAUUUAGUGUGUAAUGAACUCUCAGAUAAAUAAUAAUAAAAAAAAUCCACUAUGGAGA